AUGUCUGCCACGGGAAAGCCUGAGGUACCGCUGAACGCACCAUUCCUUAGGUGUCUGAUGAAGAAGAAUAAUGAACAUCAAUUCAAGCGUUUUCUUGAGCUCCUAAAGCAGCUACACAUCAACAUUCCACUUAUAGAGGCUCUGGAGCAGAUGCCAACAUAUGUAAAAAAUUUUAAGGACAUUUUAAUGAAGAAGAGAAGAGUCAGUGAGAAAGAAGUGAUAAAGCUAACGAAGGAAUGUAACACGUUAGUAAGCAACAAUUUACCAAAGAAGCAGAAGGACCCCGGGAGCUUCACAGUUCCUAUGGGAGGAUUAGAUGUGGGUCAUGCGUUAUGCGAUCAAGGAGCUAGCAUUAAUCUUAUGCCACUUUCAAUUUUAAAGAAAUUAGGGAUUGGCGAAACACAACCUACUUCUGUCACCCUUCAGCUCGCUGACAGGACAAUUAAGUACCCAGAAGGGAAGAUCAAAGACGUUUUGGUAAAGGUUGACAAUCUCAUAUUUUCAGCAGACUUUAUUAUCUUAGACUAUGAAGCAGAUAAGGAGGUACAAUUAUCCUUGGACGCCCUUUCUUAG